CUCUCUCCACAAUCAAAAUUCUCAGUUCUUCUUCAAAACCCUAACAUUUCAUCAACUGUAAAUCAAUCCCUCUUCUUCGUCAGUUAAUGGGGAAAUUUAAUCAUCUCCCAACAGAAGUCGUACUAGAUAUUUUAACUAGGUUACCAACAGAAUCGGUGUUGGAGUGUAAAUUGGUGUGCAAACCAUGGCGGAAUCUUGUAUCUCAUCAUCCGUCAUUCUCUCAAAUUCAUUUAUCUCAUCUUAAUCAAUCCGCUGAUUCUGAUGGUAAGUUGGGUUUUCUUGUCUUGAAUGAGAACAAGGGCUUUUACUACUUUGAGUAUGAUGCUGAUGAAACACCUACUGGUCGUAUUAGAAGGAUCAAUUUAACCCCUCCAAUUGCAUAUGUUGGUGGUUAUAAGGUUUUUGGUUCAUUUAACGGUUUUGUCUGUCUGUGUGAAUAUCGAUAUGGAACUGUUUGUAUUUGUAACCCCUUGACCAAAGAAUAUGUUGAGCUACCAGAAAUUAUCAGAGAUUGGGGCUCAGAUCGGUAUGUUCCUCCUUGGACCAGAGGGUUUGGUUACCUUCCUUCAACUAAUGAGUAUAAAGUUGUUGAAAUUUAUAGGUUAAGAACAGACCUCAAUAUCGUUGAGGUUUUGAUGUUUACUGUUGGCAGUGGGAAUGGGUGGAGAAAUGUUGGGAGGUUUGAAAUUCAGUCUGGUGAAGCAUAUGUGGAAGAUGGUGUCUUUCUGAAUGGAGCGCUGCAUUUUGUGGAAAUAGAUGAAGGAAGGGUUUUUGUUUUUGAUUUGAUUGAGGAAAAGUUUUGUGAACAUGUUUCACCACCUCCUAGGCCACCAGGUUCCACAUCCUAUGAAUAUUUCUCUAUAGGGGUUUUCGGUGGGGUUUUAUAUUAUGCUAUCAGAUAUUACUGUCGUAACAUCCUGCACACAUGUUACGACAUAUGGCCACUGAAAGGGUUGGCCUAAAGAGUUUGCUUUUACCGGAAGACAACCAUUUGCCGUUACCAAGAGUGGUGGUGCUUUAUAUUGCAGUUAUAGGUCUCUUGGCAUUUACGAUGCAACAGCUUCAACCGCGAAAGAGCUUGUGCAUUUUAGUGCAGCUAGCCAAAUAUAUCCUCACAUGAACACCUUUGUUUCGUUGAAAGAAUUAGGAGAAGAUGAUCUAAAAAUAAUGGAUUCAGCCAAAUCAAGUGAAGACAGAAAGUCAUGUUUUUCAGCGAAGGACCUAGCAAGAUAAGAUCCCUGGAUGCACUUGUUAACAGGCAUGGAUCUUUUUCUGCAAAAUUGUGCAGAAAAAUGCUUUGCAAAAUCUGGAAAUCUCAAAAAGGACCUAGAGUAGGCAGAAGCUCUAAUUCUGCUUAAAUUGGAUCCUCCUUCACAUACAGUUAUAUCAUUCUAUCAUAGAAGGGGACAACAGGGGACCUAUAGAAGCUAUGGCUUCUAAUUUUGGCUCUGCCAAAGUAAAUGAAUUUGAACUUUAUUAGGAAUGUAAAACUUUAUCUAAUUUUAUUUCUGGUCUUCAAUGGCUGAUGUAAAACUGGUGAUAAUUAGGUCUAGUCUAUGGAUUCCUGCCACAUCUAUUUUUGAUGUGUUUUGUACCACAUGUCCCUUAGGGUAACUGGAAGCAUAAACAGUAGUAGGCUUAGGGUUCAUCACCCAUGGGAAUAUCUACCUGGUUGCUUGGUUUUCAAUAAUGUUCAAAUGUCUGUACAUUU